AAUAAGUUUAAUAGGUCCAAAGCCAAGAUUAAUGGAAUCUUUUUUUCUUUUUCUUUUGUGUAGAUACACGUUUCUUCACCUAAUCUCCCAUCAUUUUUCAUCGGUCAACACUUUCUCAAAUUCUAAUCGAAAAAAAUGGAAGCAGUAAGUGCGAUAAAGCCAUUGAUCAGAGUAGCUGCUCUGUCGGGUUCUCUCCGGAAAUACUCUUUCUCAACUGGUCUCCUCCGCGCCGCAAUCGAUCUGACAAGAGAAACGGUUCCGGGAAUAGAAAUUGAGUAUAUAGACAUAUCUUUGUUACCGUUGCUUAACACCGAUCUUGAAAUCGAUGGUACUUAUCCUCCGGUUAUUGAAUCCUUCCGACAGAAGAUUCUUGAAGCUGAUAGUAUCUUGUUUGCUUGUCCUGAGUACAACUACUCUGUCUCAGCUCCACUUAAGAACGCUCUUGACUGGGCUUCAAGAGCACCUAAUGUUUGGGCUAACAAACCCGCUGCCGUUAUAAGCACUGGUGGAGACUGUGGUGGAGGAAGAUCGCAAUACCAUCUUCGACAAAUCGGAGUAUUCCUUGAUCUUCAUUUCAUCAACAAACCUGAGUUUACUCUCAAUGCGUUUCAGCCGCCUCAGAAAUUCGACGAAGAAGGAAACCUGGUCGAUGAAGCGGCUAAGGAGAGGUUGAAACAAGUCCUUGUCUCGUUACAAGCAUUUACACUUCGACUUCAAGGCAAGUAAGUUGAGUGGGUCAAACAAUUUAUCAUGUGUGUGAGAUUUGGUCGUGUGACGAAUGAUAAUGCCAAUUGUUGUAAUAAUUUAACCGUGUGUUGAAGUUCUCGUAUAACACUUUCCAUUUCUCAUUAAUAAUUGUACUAUACGUAUAUGUUUCUGAGUUA